AGGCCCCAUUGUCCCUCAAAAUUGCUAUAUAUUGCCUUCAAAACUCUCCCAUUUUGCUCACUCAUCUGCCUCACAUUAUUUCUUCUGGAAUGGGUUCUGUUCUUUUGUUUUUGGCAGGCUUCUAUGCCAUAGUUUCAUCUGUUGAUGCCUAUGCAGGUGGAGGGUGGAGGGGCGCUCAAGCUACCUUCUAUGGUGGGAGUGAUGCUUCUGGGACAAUGGGUGGGGCUUGUGGGUAUGGCAACUUGUACAGUCAAGGAUAUGGAACAAACACGGCUGCUUUGAGUACGGCUCUGUUCAACAAUGGGUUGAGCUGUGGUUCUUGUUAUGAGAUUAGGUGCACCAGUGGCCGUAAAUGGUGCCUACCAGGCUCCAUUGUGGUCACAGCCACCAAUUUCUGCCCUCCAAAUAGUGCCCUACCCAACAACGCUGGAGGGUGGUGCAAUCCUCCAUUGCAGCACUUUGAUCUCUCUCAGCCUGUCUACCAACACAUUGCUCAGUACAAAGCAGGAAUUGUGCAGGUUGCCUACAGAAGGGUACCCUGCAGGAGAAGGGGAGGGAUAAGGUUCACCAUCAAUGGCCACUCCUACUUCAACUUGGUGCUCAUCACAAACGUGGGUGGUGCUGGUGAUGUUCAUGCAGUUUCCAUCAAAGGUUCAAGAACCGGUUGGCAAGCAAUGUCAAGGAAUUGGGGACAGAACUGGCAGAGCAACAGCUUCCUCAAUGGCCAAAGCCUGUCCUUCAAGGUCACCACCAGCGACGGCCGGACAGUCAUUUCCAACAACGUUGUCCCAGCCCGCUGGUCCUUUGGACAGACUUACAGUGGUGCUCAAUUCUAAUUCAUUACCUUCUCUAGAUAAAAUAAGCUUAUGACUUUUCUUAUUCUUUCUUCUUUUCGUUUACCUUAAAGUAUACUGAGUAGUAGAUAUAUAGGAGUGCUUGAGUCAAAAAAUGAGGAAAGGGCUCUUUUUUAUCAUUUUGAUUUGUCAUAAUCCAGCCCAUCGCUGGCAGAUAUUGUCCGCUUUGACCUGUUACGUAUCGCCGUUUGCCUCACAGUUAUAAAACGCGUCGACUAAGAAGAGGUUUCUACACCCUUAUAAAGAAUGUUUUGUUCUUCUCUUCAACCGACUAGGAGUCGAUUCAAAUUGCAGCAUUGAAUGGGUGCUCAACUGGCAACUUAUUGUGAUUUUUUACCCUGACUUUUGCUGUAAUGAAGCAAAAGUUGGCAGAGGUGGGCUUUAACCACCCGCCUGCAUCUUAGUUGUAACCAUUGGGAGUUCAUUGUAAUCAUUAACCAGCUUUCUGCUGGGCUACUUGUGUUUUCUUGUAUUAUUGGUUGCUGAAAGUGUAAAUGUUCAGUAUCCUCAAGUAAUGAAAGUUCUGUUACUCUGUUUAUUUGUAUUAA